AUGUCAACCUUGCUCAAGGACAUGCCUUUUGCCACUGCAUUCGUUGAUGAUAUCGUUAUCUUCUCGAAGACCAUGGAUGAGCACAUUCCCCAUGUUGAAGCUGUCAUUAAAGCAUUGACCAAUGUUAAUCUCGUUUUGAACCCUGACAAAUGUCACUUUGCACAGAAGUCGGUUUACCUUCUUGGCUUUUGCGUGUCCGCUGACGGGCGCACACUGGAUCACCGUAAAGUCACAAACGUGCUUGAAUGGCCAGUGCCCAAAUCCAUCAAAGAGGUCCAGAGCUUCUUGGGUGUUGUCAAUUACUUUCAACAACACAUCCCCAAUCGAUCUCUUCUCAUGGCUCCUCUUAGUGCGUUGACCACCAAAAAAGUCUUGAAGCCAUCUGAUUGGACACCUUUGUGUCAAACUCGGUUCGAUCAAUUGAAAGAGCUUCUUACCAAAGUCCCAACGCUAGGUCAUCCAGAUCUUCGUUAUCCUUUUGCGGUCGCUACUGAUGCCUCUGAUGUGGGUAUUGGUGCUGCCUUGUUCCAAGUCAUUGACGGCAAAAAGCGUUACAUUGCGUUUAUGGCUCGUUCGCUCAAUAAGCAUCAACGUCGCUACAACAUCUUCAAACGUCUGUUACUCGUUGUCUUUGCCUUGCAAAAGUUCCACAAAUACCUUUGGGGCUCCAAAUUCCAAUUGUUCACCGAUCACCAAGCUUUGGUAUACUUGCACUCCCAAAAGCUUGCCAACGAUAUGAUGGCUCGUUGGAUGGCUACUCUCAUUGAUUACAAUUUUGAAGUUGUACACAUCCCUGGUGCCGAUAACACCCUACCUGAUCAUAUGUCACGCCUUUAUCCAGAAGGACCAAGGCUGGAGGGGGGUAAUUUGGAUAUCAUCGGCACAAUCCCAGGCGUCACACAACAAUCACCAAUGGGAAAACAGCUUGAUAAAAAGAAGAAACAUGCUAUCAGACGUACGCUUAGAUCUCAAUCAAAAAACCAAAGCAUGGAGUUGCCAAUGCACCUCGAUACCAAACAACCAACUCCAUUAACAGGUCUACUUACACAGGACUAUAUCCCUGACAUGUGGACACCACCACCUAAUGAACGCCAAAAGAUCCUUGAUGAGCACCAUCUCCUUGGCCAUUAUGUCCGCCGAUGUUUCAAUUGCCAGAUGUUCAACGUAUCACGUUCUGGUUUCCAUCCUCUUGAAAUCAAUAGAAGCAAAGCGUCCUGGUGA